UCUUGUUUGAGUGGUUGUUUUUAAAGGACUGGUCUGCAAGGAUGCAAAAGCCCAAUUUGCUGGAAAUCAAAAUUUCAAGUUCUGCUCUAAUUUUGCCUGGGCUUAUCUCACGUGUUGCUUUCUCUUCUGCAGAGGAGAAGAAAAAGUUAAUUCGGGAGUUUGAUGAGAAACAGCGCGAAGCAAAUGAAACGCUCCGGGAAAUGGAAGAAGAACUGAAGUAUGCUCCUCUACCGUUCCGCAAUCAAAUGAUGAGCAAAAUCCGGGCAUACAGAAGGGACCUCUCCAUGUUCCAGAGGGAGAUAAGAAGCACAGAUUUGGGAGUGGGCCCCGGAAGUCAAGGGGAUAUGAAAUACGGAAUCUUUUCCACAGAAAAUGAACAGAGUACUAAUCUGCAGUCACAGAGGGUGCUGCUUCUCCAGGGAACAGAUAGUCUGAACCGAGCCAGUCAGAGCAUUGAGCGCUCACACCGGAUUGCUGCUGAAACAGAUCGGAUUGGCACUGAUAUCAUUGAAGAACUUGGGGAGCAGCGAGAGCAACUGGAACGCACCAAGAGCAGGUUGGUGAAUACAAGUGAAAACUUAAGCAAGAGUCGUAAGAUUCUGCGUUCCAUGUCCAGGAGAAUAGCCACUAAUAAGUUGUUGCUGUCGAUCAUCAUCAUCCUGGAACUAGCCAUCCUAGGAGGUGUGGUCUACUACAAGUUCUUUCGCAGUAGAUGAACCUUUGUGACUUUGUUUUCCACUGCUGAGGAGUAGGAUGGGAUGUCUUCCCUGUGACUGUCUAAAACUGAACUAUCUCAUGAGACACGUGCACUGCUGAAACUGUCCUGACACGGGAAAGACAGUGAAAGGAAGUAAAAUACAGAGACAGAAUAGCAAACUACCGGUGAGAUUACAGAGAAGGUAAUAAAUAUUUUAUUGCCUCAAUUUGUAUAUACUUAACUAAAUGAAUAAAUCUUCAUAUGUAAUACAGUAGCCACUGAUCAAAUGGAAAAACUACUUUUAUUUAAAAAUUGACAAGUUAACAGUAUUUGCCAAGUGUUGACAGUCUGUUUGCUCACGUGUCUCAGCAGAGCUCUUUAACGUCUAGCGUACCCAGCGUUGCAGGUUCUUAAAUCCUCACUUGCUCUUCACUGUCAGAUUCAUCUGGAGAACUGGGUGUUGGGAGUUCAUCAAAAGCGGUGUGCGCCCCUUCUCUUGUCUGUCCAAAGCAUGUUGCUAUCACAUCAACUGCAAGAUUAGCAGUUGCAUUCACUUCCUCUUGAGAAGCUCCAAGCAGCGGAUUGACUUCAACCAUGUCUACAGCUGAAAGCAUUCCUGUAAAAAUUACGUGCGGCUUUGUUACUGUGUGUAGUGGAAAUGCUAAGUUAUGGUUUGAACCAGUGAUUGAUCACCUGGUGAGAAGGCAGGGCCAACUCAGGGGAGCUCAGCUGCAUGCAGUGUGCCUGAGUGACCAGAAGGGGUGGAGCCUGGAUCCACCCCUUCCAUUUAAGGGUUGGCAGUGGAGGGGGGGGCAUCUCAUCUGGAGAUCCCUUCCUCCUCGAGGAUGUUACAGACCUUCCAAAGGUAAGCAGUUUUUUUCCUCUUGUUUCUAGAAGUGCCUACUGCUGUCCCAUCCAGGCAGAUACUCACUGGCUGUAGACUAAGACAUUGCUGCUUUGCCAUGUUGUUACACUUUAUAUCACAUUACGCUAAGAAAAAAGGUUAAAGCUUUGAUAGGGUUUAUUUUACAGCUCUUCAUUCUUUGCAACAAGUCUGAUGUAUGAACUUCUGACCUAUUCUGUCCAUUGGACAAGUAAAAUUGGCUCAAGUGAGGGAAAAGGUGAUUGUUUUUUAGAUGCAAGUUUUUUUCUUUGGUUCCUUAUGUUGUUGCUACGUCUCUCCAUCCAUGCUGUUAGCAUUCAGGAAAAAUUCAGGAGUUUGAUCUUUCACUUACAGUUCUGAGGUGCACUUUGUUACAUAAGGUUAUUUUAUAUUCUCUAGCUAAUUUUUGUCAUCCUGUUCAUGAUUCUGUGGAGGUCUCUGCUUUUUUUGAUUUUUUUUCCAUAACAGUUUUUAUUGUAAAUAAUUCAUCACUUAAACUAAAUGAAGUCUCUAUGUCACAAGGAGAAGACUCUUAAGUUAGCAGUUGGUGAAAGCUUGAUUUUUUUUUUAUUUUUUUAUUUUUUAUUUUUUUUUAGUUUAGUUUAGUUUUGCAUCCUAGAAUAGGAUCUCCAAAUUGUUUAAAAUUGUUUGCAUCCUUUUUCUCCAAGUGUAUCUGGUCUCACAUGAGUAGGUAUAUGGGACAGUAUUUUGUAGGAUGACAAAACCACUUUUUGCAUUAGUUGUUAAUGUUUAUAUUUACUUUUGAGAAUGUUGAUGGUAGAGCUGUUUUCAACACCUCAAGUACUGCUCAGUGGAAGGAAACUGUUCUUCCUUUAUGAAGGUUGAACUGAAUUUUCAGGCACCUUGAUUUUGGCUAUGUACAUCUUAUUUGGUUACACGUGAAAAAUACAACUGCUAUAGGCUUUAUGUAGUCUGUCCUUUCUGGCUUAGUGCAAAAAAAGCUUGUCAGCUCUUA